AUGUCAGAACAAUUCGGUAGCUCAUGUAAAUUACCGCUCAUUGCGGUAACAGUUCACCCAAGUAAAUACAAUGGAACUCAGGACCCAGAAUCAUGGUUACAAGAUUUAAGAUUCUUCUGUCGUUUACAUGGUAUAGAAGAAGAGAGCGAAAUAGUAUCAUUCGCGAUAUUGAAAGUGGAUCCAAUGAUUUCAAUACCGAAGAACACUUGUACAUUUUCCGGUUUUUUAAAUGCAUUAAAAUCUCAUAUCACAUUUCCGGUUAUGAGCGCAUCGGCUUUACAUACCUUACGUUGUAUAAAAUAUAAUGCAAAUAUUGACAUGACGGAUUUUAUUUCAAAUUUUUUAUCCUUAUGUCGUUCGGCGAAUAUCACAAGUUUGGAAGAGCAAAAGACCUAUCUAUUAAAUAGUUUGCAAGAUGAUAAUAUUAGAAAUAUUUUGGCGAGCAAAUUUAGAAGCAUCGAUGACUUUGAAUGGGUUAUCAAAUUAUUUCAAGGAAUCAUGUACGAAUAUCCGAUGCACCAGAUUAGAUAUGGUUCAAAAAUUACAAUCAAACAUUGUGUUAGCGGUCAAUAUUUAACUCACGGAGAACAUGAACCAAUCGAACCCGAUUCUAAAUUAUCAACGGUGUUUUGUAAUGGCUCAAAACCAGCCACCAAUGAAGUUUGGAUUGUAACCUCGCCGUUUGGUGAAAACAAAACCCCUGGAGAUCCUGUACUAUUAAAUUCUGUUGUUGGUUUAAGGCAUGAAACAACCGGUUCCAAUCUACAUGCUGCCGAUCAUCCCGGACGUGAUGAGUCUGGGUACCAUAACGAACAAAAUGGUGUAUGGGCAAUAGGUGAUAUUAUCAUCUUGGAGAACGUUAACAACAAAUUACCGCUUUAUAGCAAUGGAGAUGAUAUUAAUCAUGGUGUGGUAUUGGGUGGUGAUGGUUAUGAAGAGAAUAACAAGUGGUAUGCCGAAAUUGCUGGACAAUAA